AUGAUAUACCCGAUAACCUGGGAUAAACGGCCAUUAGCCAAAGGUACCGUGACGAAUGGCGCGCUCAUCUUGGAGAUUGAGCAUCAGACGCCGCGACGAGCAUCAGAAGACACUCUCGACAACACCACCAUGCAAAAUCACAGCACCUUUAUCAAAAGAGAUAGAGCGGUUGCAGCCGAUGAGCAUGCCUAUUUCUCGAUUUACAGCACCCCAGACUGGUGGUAA